AUGACGGUGGAAGGCGAAGGUGAACGAAGGGAAGGGAGAGCUGGGUUGGUUAUCCGAAUGGACUGUGCUGCUGCUGAGGCCGUCGUUGGAAGCUCGCAUGAGUGUCUCAAGCACUCACCUGCUUUCUUACCUCUUCUAACCAGUGACGCGGUUGUCGAUGCGGAGGGCACCGCGCAGUGCCCGACGAAUGCGAUGUAUUCCCUGCAAUUCAUGAAAGGAGCUGGCUUCUUGCUUACCCGAGGUCGAGGCCGGAUGGUAUGCUCAAGUUGGACGCUCCAGUUCGUGAACCGUGAUAAAAGGCGGAGAUGGAUCGACCCCGGUGGCUGUGCUGCAUUGGACGAGCAUGCUUGGAUCGAGACCAAAGGACCUCCAGGUCGAGUUAUCGACUUGGGUACAUUGGUGCACUCGUAG